GGCGGCGGCCAAAGUCAGCUCUGGGUGACGUCAGGCCGCCAUCCCGUGACGCCUGCGCUCGGCUCGGAGCUGGACCGGCCUCCUUGGAGAGGAAAGGACCCUCCCUAAGGGAAGCGAGCCACCACCUGCCCAGCAGCCGGGAGAUGGGCAAGGUUUGCGCCAUUUUUGGAGGAUCCCGAGGAAUAGGCAAAGCUGUUGCAGAACUCCUGGCACAGAAGGGCUGCCGCCUGGCGAUCAUUGCUAGAAAUCUGGAAGUAGCCCAAACCACUGCACGUGAUCUUGGUGCAGGACAUCUGGCGCUUAGCUGUGAUGUAUCCAGCGAACAAGAAGUCCAAAAGACUUUUGAGGAGAUGCAGAGGAAUUUAGGUCCUAUUAACUACUUGGUUAAUGCAGCUGGGAUCAACAGGGAUGGUUUGUUACUGAGAACUAAGACUGAAGAUAUGAUAGCCCAGAUUCACACUAACCUUUUGGGAACAAUGUUGACGUGCAAAGCUGCUGUAAAAGUCAUGAUUCAACAACAGGGAGGUGCUAUUGUCAAUAUAGGAAGUAUUGUAGGACUUAAAGGCAACUCUGGUCAAAGUGUGUAUAGUGCUACCAAAGCAGGAUUAGUUGGAUUUUCAUGCUCUCUUGCUAAAGAAGUAGCAAAAAAGCAAAUUCGAGUCAACGUUGUUGCUCCAGGCUUUAUUCACACAGAGAUGACUGCUCAUUUGGAAGAAGAUCAGUUAAAGAAAGCAAUUCUCCUUGGAAGAUUUGGAGAGCCUCAUGAAGUUGCACAAGCUGUUGUCUUUCUUCUAGAAUCCCCAUAUGUUACAGGGAGUGUUCUAGUUGUAGAUGGAGGCUUGCAGCUUAUGACUUAAGUACUACUUUGAAUAAAUGCCUACUUUAAUGUCGUGAUGGUAAUAUAUAAAUAUAUACCAAUUAAAGGGAGAGGGUUGGAAAUUGUUUGAAGAUUGAUGUAUGUAAUUGACUUCAUCUUAUCUAGUCAGAGGAGAAAUUCAGCAGGAGAGAAGUGCAAUGUGUACAUUUAGCUACCUGGAAGAGUCCAUUUGGUAUUAUGAAGUCUGUGUAUGAAACAAUUUGAAAAAGAUCUGCUUUUGAUAUGGUGAUAACUUUAAUAACAUACUGAUAUGUUUUUAAAGUCUUUUUUUAUAAAGUCUUGUUAUCUAAUUUGGGAUAGAGUGGAGCUUUUAUUGGAAUUAUCAUGUUACACAGAGGUUAAUAAAGUGCAGAAGUAUGUUUAUUGGAUGGCAGGUAUGAUUACAUCAAGUUUUUCAUGUAGGGCAAAGAUUGCAAACUGCAUAGUCUUGCAUUCUUAUCAGUUAGUCCCUACAAAGUAGCGAGGGGUUUCCUUCAGGCUUUGUUUGUUUGUAGCUAACACUACAAAGCUGGGAGCCUCUAGGUCUUCAGCAUACCUGAAUUGCCUUUAGGAGAUUUAAUUAUAUGCAGUGUGUUUUUGUGAAGACGAAACCUACUCAGUUCCAUUCUUGGAUGUAUGUGCAGCAUUCAUUUAAUACAGUAGCACUUGUGUGUACACAUUGAAGGACUGUUGAUUGGUCAUUGGAGUUGCUAAUCCUGUGAUACUCUGAGUUUGAGCUGCACAGACCUUUUUGCAUAAAAGACUUUUCAAUGACUCAGUAGGUGUUUAGGAAACACGAUCACUUCCAGAGCAUGAAGUCAGUACUUUGCUCUGUAUCUUGAACACUCAGUUCAGCUGUUAAGUCAAUGCUCCUUAAUAUGUAUAUAUAGUCAAUAAAAUCACCAUUUAUUUUAUUCAAAACAACUUCUGAAGCAGAGUAAUUAUUCAGCUUUAAAUGAUCCUGAGUGUUCCUGUCUUGCUGAAAACUUACCAGAUGUUUGACCUUGGGCUUUUCUGUUGAGAUCAAGUAAUUUUUGAUAAUGGAUGUUUUUAUUAUCUCUGAAGAAAACUAUGACUGUGGUUUAGGACCUUCACUUCUUAGCUCCAGUGUUCAUUGCAUCAUGAUCCAGAUGUAGAUUCAACUUUUGAAAUUACUUCCCUUCUUGGCAAAAACUAAAGUACAGAAAAAAGAGAUCUCGUUGAUGAUAACUUUGAGUCUUUAAAGUUGGAGAUUUUCUUCAUUUGUGCAGCUGAGAAAUUUUGUUUUUGUGCCAGAAAACAGUGCAUGUUCAAGCUUCUUGCAGGUAGGUAUUGAGAAAUAAAACAAGAGAUGGUUGUGUGUUCAGGAAGUUUUACAGUUAGUUGUUGUGAGGAUAGAAUACGCUUUCUGCCCAGAAUAUUUUAUUACGAGGAGACAGUUUUCACUUAAGAAGGCUUUCUGCCUAAAAGGUAACUCUCAAAGGCAGCUUCAAUGCUUUCCCCCCUGCCACCCCUCAUAGUGAGAGAAGUUCUCAACCGCUCUCUCUGAUAUGUGAGAGGAGAGAGAGAGCCCUAACAGACAUGCACAGAGGCCUUUGGAAGGCAGGGGAGAGACAGAGAGGAUAAAGAGGUCCUGAGAGGGCCUUUGUUAAAAAGUGGCCCUUGCAUCUAAAAUAAACGGUUUUUUAAUCCUUCCACUGCCUUGGCAUUUUUGGAAAGAAUACCUACUUAUGCUUUACCUUACAGUUGUGUGCUCACUCUGGAAUAUAUAACAUCACUAAAAGUAAUCCUUUCAGGAGUCCUUCCUGUUAUCCCUUUGUAGAGGUGGUGUUAUCUGCUGUGAAAAGUUAUGUGUUGUAUGUGUCUUUGCCCCAACAAUAUAAUUGCUAAUCAGGUUUCUCUUUGAUAGAAGGAAUUGGCCAGAGAAUUUUUUCCAAGGGCACUGAAGGUGAGGAAGGACAGCUGUUCCUUUUUUACUAGUCAAGUAGUAAUAUGUCAGUGACUUGGCUGCUGCCCAUACCUGUUCUUGGUAUUUUAUAGAUGAAGCCUGUGUGACAUAUCUUGACCAAAAGCCAAACUUAAGAGACUAGAAAUAAUUCCCUAUUAGUGAGUUCUGACCCUUUUUUCUGCUGGGUAAGAUAGCUGUUAAAUAAGUUAUUAGCAAUGACAUUUUUAGUUUACAUUAGUGAUUAAAACCUGGAAUAACACUGUCAGAAGAAUCUCAGCAUGUCACUAAGUAAUUUUUUUUAAAUGUAGCUGUGCAUACUAUGUUUUUAUUAUUGUGGUUGCCAUAGGACCAGACUGAAGUGUUGGUAGCCUUAGAUCAUAUUUUUGAAAGAUUUUUUUUCCCUUUUCUUCUAACUGAUAAAUUAGAACUGAAAACAGUAAUCCUGGUUCUGUUUAGCCUGAUGUGAUGUCUCAGAUGGUGGAAGUAGGGAAUGUGUAGGGUAGGUAGUAGGUCGGGUGUAUGUCUCCUUAGAAGACUCUUGUACCACCAGCAAUUUGUGAUUGAUUUGUUUGAACUGACCAUUUGGUAGCUCUGGUUGAGGCCUGCAGACAUUAAAACAACCCUCUUGUGCACUCUCUA